UUCAAGCAAAUCCACAAGCCAUGGGCAAGUCAAUCAUCCUGUUCAGUUUAUUAGCGACGGGCUACCACCUGGUGGAAGCUGGGUUCGUCCCAGUCGGCAUCGGCAUGGGCGGCGGUGGCGUCGGCAUGGGUGGCGCAGGCAUCGGCAUGGGCGGCAUGGGAGCUGGAGGAAUAGGUAUGGGCGGCUACGGCGGAGGAAUCGGGCUCGGAGGAGCAGGCAUGGGACUCGGAGCGGCUAAAUUCAUCGGCGGCGGUGCAGGACUCGGCGGCGCCGGUCUCAUGGGAGCAGGUGCGGGCAUGAUGGGAGGUGCAGGCAUGAUGGGGGGCGCAGGCAUGAUGGGAGGUGCAGGCAUGAUGGGAGGCGCAGGCAUGAUGGGAGGCGGCGCCGGUCUCAUCGGAGGUCCCUUGAUGCACGGCUACGGGGGAGAAAUGAUCAACAACAACGUCUUCAGUGGAGGAAAGAAAAACUUGCAGGAUGAAGCGUUCGAAAAAGCUGGGGGUAGUAAGGGAGAAGAAUUCAACGAGGGUAAAGAGGGCUUCAACAAAGGGGUAGCGGCUGCUAAAAACAGCAAAGGCGAAUCAGCAUACUUCAAUGACGCCACUGGUGCCAAGAAACUCGCCGAAGAUGGUAAAUCCUUCUACGGAGGACAACAUUUCGACAAAGGAGGUAAACAAGGCGGUCAAGUCAACGAAAAGAAAGGACACAAGAAGGGACAUGUCAUCAAGGGCUUCAAAAAUUCUCACCACAAAGACGAAACCAGCAGAACUGAAGAUUUCUACGAUGAGGAAAAUGAUGAAGGCGGCAAAGUCAACUUCAAUGGUGAAUAUGGAGACUUCGGGGCUAAGGGAGCAUCUUCCUUCAAGGGUGGUCACGAAAAUGGAGAAUUUGCCCAAGGUGGUGCGAAGAAACAGGGUCACUUCGACAACGAGCACUUCAUUGAUAACAAUAAUGCUGGGCAUGGGAACUUUGGAGAAAAGAAGUUCGGUGGAAGCGGGGCUGUAUAUGGUGUUAAUAAUGGUAUUGAUGCACACAGCCUUAUGGGACACCAAGCGAACAGCAAGCUCUACAAACACAUGCCUUUUUAUUAGAAAAGGGUGAAAGGGCGUAAAUAUUUAUUUAAAUGUUACCAUAGAGUUUUCUCUUUAUACAACGAAUGCCAUGUUCUUGGUUUAAUAUAUUUUUAUGAUGCUUAUGUAUCAUUGUAUAUUGUACAUAAAAUAUACUUGCAAUUAUGGA